CACACACCAUAUUUAUUUUAAAGUUAAUUUUCUCUCUCUUCACCAAAGAAAUCUGGAAAACUUUCUCAUUCUCAAUUCUAGCCGCCGCCUCCUCCCUCCUUCCGUGUGUCUCCGGCGGUCGUUACAUUGCUCCACCAUCUUCAUCCUCUCCUUUUCAUCUUUUCGGCUAGAUCUAGACAUCCACGUACAAGCUUUUGAAAAUCCAUCACCAUAAAAAGAGUGCCCUCCAUCUUCUCUACAAAACCCAUUUAAAAAUAUCAGGAUCGGACAACCUUCGCCGGUGACCACCACGCCGGAGCUUUCAACCACCGCGCCGGGAAAGAGCUUACGUGUUUUCAUCUCAAUCUGGGUCAGAAUUUUUACACAAACACUUAAACCUGGGCAGUUGUCUUCAUCAAGGUCAAGUUCUUUACAUAUUUUGUUUCCAUUACAUGCAACAACAACAAUACAAAUAUGAAAUUGGAUGUGAUUUUGUAUAACUAAUGAAUAUAUUUUGUAUAUUUGCUUUUUUGUUGUUGAUAUAAUUUUAAAAUUGUGUUAGGACUGUUUUUGUUAAAUAUACAUGAUAUGAAGGUCAACAACAAAUGAAAUAAUUAAUGAUAUUAGGAAAAUGAAUUCUUAUACCUGCCGUGUUCUUCUUGUUGUCAAAGAGAGAAGAGGAAAAGGAAAAUGAGAGAGGAGAUACAGUUUAGAGAAUGAGAGAGAGAUUUAUUUAUUUUUUUUGAAAGAGAGAGAAUGAGAGAGUAUUAAAUUAUGAAAGAGUAGUGAAUGACAAUAUAAGAGUAUUUGAAAUUUGAAAUUGAAAAUUUGUCUCCAAUUGAUUGUAGAUCUGACAUUAGAUUAUAUCUUUUUUGAACAAAAGAAAACUUUUUUCGUUUUCGGUGUCAACCAAAAUCGGAUGUGUUUGUAAUUUUUCGUUUGUCCCAUCAAUUCCUUAGAAAGAAAAAAUUACACAUUAAAAAAUUAAAAACCCAAAAUCAACAAAUUGGGAAUAACACUGAACUCAACUCGCCGGAAAAACCAAAACUUCACCAGAUAACGCAACUGGGGUUCAUCGUCAACCGCCUUUAUCAUUGAGAAGGUCUGGCUUAUACCUCAGAUAAUUUCGUCAACCAAGUCUUUCUGUGGCUUAAAACAAGAGAGGUUUACUGUCUUUAUUUAGAAAAAAUGACAGAAAUCCUUAGCUACACUGCUUACAGGCAGUUAUCUCAAAUGUUCUUUGCAGUUAUCUUCUUUCACGUUUCUGAAUAUUUUCUAGCCGCCGUCAUUCAUGGGAAAUCAAGUGUAACUCUGCAGUCCCUUUUGAUUAGCAAACACUACAUUUUGGCAAUGGUAUUUUCAUUGCUAGAAUAUUUAAUUGAGGUUGCAUUCUUUCCUGAGCUAAAGGAACAUUGGGUGAUCAGUGAUUUAGGGUUGGUAUUGGUUGUGAUAGGUGAAAUUAUAAGGAAGGUGGCAAUAAUAACAGCAGGGCAAUCGUUUACUCAUAUUAUAAGGGUCCGUCCUGAUGAACAUCACCAUCUGAUUACGCAUGGUAUAUAUAAGUUUAUUCGCCAUCCAGGGUAUUGUGGUUUCUUCAUUUGGUCUGUUGCUACUCAAGUAAUGCUUUGCAAUCCUUUAUCAACUAUUGGAUUUGCAGUAGUUGUCUGGAAGUUCUUUUCUACCCGAAUUCCUUAUGAGGAAUACUUUUUAAGACAGUUUUUUGGAAUAGAGUAUGUCGAAUAUGCUCAACAAGUUGUGUCUGGGGUGCCAUUUGUUAACUGAAGACCGAUCAGUUCUGCGAGGUGAACCAUAUAUUGUGCAACAUUCACUGCAAAGUAGUCAAUAAAGUUUCAACUCAUUUUUUUUCUGUAACAGCUUUAACCUGUGCUUUGCGUGAUAGAGAUAUGAAGUGCUUGCUUUCAGCAUGUGGCUAUGCGGAACCUUUAUGUGGAAAAAAAUCAAAGUAGGGUAGAUGGUGAGUUUUGAGAUCUUAAUCAGGUUGUUGCAGAUUACUGAUUGCAAGCCUGCUGAUUUUACUUCAUCCAAACCGUUUUGGGUUGCUACUGCUCAGUCAUAUCCUGACCAAUGAAACUUAGCUUGUUACAAUCUAACUAGGGUUCUGUUUACCAAUGAAAUUUAGCUUGUUACAAUCUAACUAGGGUUCUUUUUGUGUGAGUACAUGUAUGUGCUUUGUGAUUUAAUCUUAGCACUCACUAGGUAUUUAUCAUAAAUUUGUAGCUGUAUUUGGAUGUGUUUGUCAAACAUAAUUUUGAAUGAGUCCUAAUGUACAAGUUAUCAUUUUUUUAUUAUUUCA